AUGUCAAAUGUUACGGAUAAAGACGACCAAUCUACGUCGAGUCGAGUCGUCUACUCUUCAUCCCAGAUGCUCAACGAAACGCGCACAAUGCUUGCUCCUGCAGAAAUCCAUCCAUACAUAUCGCUCGCAGUACCGCUGCACUGCAAUUCGUUAUCUGUCUAUAGCUACUCUCCAGCAUUGACAGGAUGCAACCGACAAGCGUGA